AUGACUUUUUUCUUGAGUGAUAUUUAUUCACCUGUGCGUGACAUCUUCUGUAGUGAUGAUCUCGGUGAAUUUGUUGAAUCAGCUGGUAAAUUUUAUGUCGAUGAGUUAGAGUCUCGUGGCUUGCAAACAUCCCAAGAUGCCAAAAAAUAUGCAAUCUCUACAAAAUUAGAUGAUUUAAUCGAUAACACUGAUAAAACUUUAGUUGUGCAAUUUUCGGUAAAGCAUGAACAAAAUAUCGAUUGUGGAGGUGGUUAUAUCAAGCUUUUACCUGAAGAUUUUGAUCCUUUGAAUUUUAAUGGUGAUUCAAAAUACAACAUAAUGUUUGGUCCAGAUAUUUGUGGACCUAAACGUAAAAUACACUUGAUCUUUCAAUAUAAAGGAGAAAAUAAAUUAAUAAACAAAAACCUUCCAACUCCAUACGAUCAAUUAACUCACUUAUUCACAUUGAUUGUUAAACCAGAUCAUGUUUUAGUUGAUAAUAAAGAAGAAGCAAGUGGUAAUUUAGAAGAUGAUUUCGAUUUUCUUCCUCCAAAAGAAAUUAAUGAUCCUGAUGCUAAAAAACCAGAAGAUUGGGUAGAUGAUGAAUUAAUAAUAGAUCCAAAUGACACUAAACCAGAAGAUUGGAAAGACGUUCCACAAACAAUACCUGAUCCAGAUGCUGAAAAACCAGAUGAUUGGGAUGAUGAGUCAGAUGGUGAUUGGGAAGCACCACAUAUCUCAAAUCCCGAUUAUCAAGGUGAAUGGAAACCAAAAAUGAUAAAAAAUCCAUUAUACAAAGGCCCGUGGAAACAGCCAAAAAUCUCAAAUCCUGACUAUAAACCAGACCCAUCACUUCACGCCUACAAAACUUUAUAUGUUGGAUUUGAAUUAUGGCAAGUUAAAUCUGGUACUAUUUUUGAUAAUAUUUUGAUUACGGACGAUGUUGAAUUUGCCUCGACUUUUGCAAACCAAACAUUUGAGAAAUUCCGUGAACAAGAAAUCGAAGCGAAAGAAAAAUUGGAUUCAUCCGAGACAAUUAAGGUUUCUGAUGAUCCUGACGAAGAAGAUCUUGAUUUAGAUUCAGAUUUAACUGAUGAUAUUACUGAUAGUUUCAAUGAAGAAAAAAUUGAAAAAGUUGAAAAAGUUAGUGAGGAAAAAGUGAAAGAAGAUGGUGAAGAUGAAUUUGAUAAAUUAUUUGAUAUUCUUGCUAAUGAUGAUAAAAAACCACAUAAGGAUGAAUUAUAA